AUUAGAACCACGCACAAGAAGAUCACUGUUAUGACAUCAAACUAAAACUAACAUGCCUAGAAUCAAUGAACUAUAACUUGAGUUUAAUAGAAAUCUAGCUGAUGUAGCGUUUUUGCAAUCAAGAUAAAUAUCCAAGACUCGCCCAUAUUCUUGACAAGAAAGCAUCCUGAUGCUGCUGUAAUAGAGAUGGAAGAACAGUCCAGCAUGAUUGUAAUUAAAGACUGUUAUGUCUCAUUGUGUGAUAUUGGAAUUUUCGGAGAUUUGAGUGGGAGAAUAGUAUUGGAAGAGGAAGGAGAUGAAAGUAAAAACGAAUCUUUUGGAGUGGUGGAUUCCACUUCUAUUGAUGGUCCUCUUACCAUAGGUAAAGACUCUCCAGCUCAUCAUGUCCCUACCAUUGGACAAGAUUCUAUUACUUCUGAUUAUGUGGAUCCAACUCUAACAGCCACUGAAGGAUCAACUGCUACAUCAAUAUCAGACUUGGUCUUAAAGAUCAAAAAAACUCUGAAUGAGCUGAGCACAUUUGCUGAUGAGCAGUCAGACAAGAGAAGCAGAAAAGUGAUCAGAAGGUGCAAACAAGCUCUUGAAUACAUUGAGAAAAAUGAUAAAAUUUAUAAGAAUAUUUUACCAGGAAUUGGAUUGCAAGUAAAUGAUUUAAGAGAAAAAAGCAGUUUAAUAAAUUUUAAAACAAAGAAAUUUGACAAGGAGACAUUGUCAAGUUUCGAAGAAGAUGAUGACAUUCUAACUAACAAUUGUGGGAAUUGGUGUGAUGGGUUGGACAAUGCUGACAGUGCUGAUGAUAUCCUGAAGAUCUCUAGCCAAUCUGCAGUCACAGCAUUCCAUGACAGAGUUAAGUAUCAUGAAGAAUACAUCUCGCCUCUGUUGGACAAUUGCCAAGAUUUUGAAUCAAGCAAUGAAUUUGACAUGUUUGCUGAGCUCCCACAUCCUUCUGCAUUUCUUGGAUUCGACCCAAUCACACAUUGUGAUGCAGAUGAAGAAUUAUCUCUUUCCUAUGACACCCUACACAAUAAUACUGACAAUACUUCACUCCUGGAAUUCGAUUACCAAGAUCUGAAGGAUUGUAAAACAGGGGAUUAUUCUUAUUUGCCACUCAGUUCUUGGGAACAGCUCGGUUCAAGGACUCCAUCUGAAGCUAUUGCAGAAGAUAUCACAACAUUGAUGAUGGAUAAAAGAACUCCAAUUCUAAAGGCAGAAGAGCCAGCUAAAUUGCUGGAUAAUGAUGCUAAAUAUAUCUGUCAACAUUGUGAUUUUGAAUCUCCUUCUAGGGUACCAUACACGGUGGGUAAUAUGACGGCGAUCGUCCAGCAUCUCUUACCCCUCAGAAAGUUUACCCAAAAAUCUGUUGAUAAUAUUCUGAAACAGGUAUUGGUUUGCAGACUUGAAUUGAGGCAAGAAUUCUCAGACGGUCUCAAGGUACAAGUCGCAUCAACCUUGGUUUGCAAACUAUGUUCUAAAAAAUUUGAAGUUUAUUGUGAACAUCUGUACAAAGUGGCUCAUCAUUUAAAUUGUUGUGCUAUGAAAGCAUAUGGAGUUUCGCCCUUUUGCAUAUUCUGCUGUGAAAGCGUUGCAGCAGGUUGCAUGGACCAGCACUUCGACCAGCGUAGUCCCCAAAGCUGUGCGGCCGCAUGGAUGAAGAUGGCAGAGAUCAUCCCCAUAGGGUGCAAGAAAGUAACUCAGGAUCUUCGAACUCGAUGCAAGUUAUGUAAAGCGGUUUUUUCUCCAUACGAUUGCAUCCCGUUGGAUGAUAAAGCUUUCUGUACAACCUGUCACAAGAACCUGACCACAGCAAACAUACUCGCAGUUGAUUCAGACUCUCAACAAAAUUGCAGACUGUGCGAUUCAAGUUGUUCUCAGAAAUUUAUUACAUUGGCUGACCCACAAAUUCGUGUAGGUUCUCACUGCUGGAUCUCUUUGAGAUUCAGUGAAAAAGUUAUAAAAACUAGAGACCAUUGUUUGGCUUAUAGAAGCCUGACCCGCCUGUUAGGAUCAACUUAUAAAAUUGUAUCUAAAGAAUAUUUUAAUAACGGAGUCAAAAAUACUUUACCACAGUUUCCUUUCCCUUGCAUGAAAUAAGCCAAAAAGAAAAAAGUAAUGUAAAUAAAACUGAAGCUAGUCGGACCGAACGAGUUUCUGUACAAAUGCAGCAAUAUAGUUAAUAAUAAUUUUUCAAUGUGAAAUAUAUCGAUUACAUGUGGAAUGGGUUGAUUCCACAGCUGAACGCAUUGCCAUACGCGCCUCAACCAUAACUCAUUAUUCGAUUAUUUUUAUGAGAGGAACUCGUAUAUUUAAAUGCAGCUUUACUCUUCUUAUGAUUAUUUUCGUUCUUACAAAAACGCUUUAAAUUUGGUUUUUCGUUCAAUUGGUGUGAAAACAAUAUUAUAACAUCCUAGGAGUAAUUGCGUUCCAAAAAUUGCAAGAUCAUCUGAUGAAGAUGCUCUUGCUUCCUGCCCCAAUAAUGAUUAACAAGUUUUCUUGCCAUUGCUUCUUUUAAAACAGACUGAGAAUGUGAUGCUGCGAUUAAUAUUUGUCAACGUCAUUCGAAAUUGUCGCGUGUGAAGUGGCUGUUACCCUAUUCCUUGCAUUUAUACAAGAUAUUUAAAAAGAGUAGAGCGUCCGUGAUACUCGAAUUAGUCUAAAUAAUGUUCAUUCAAAAAUAUUCUUGGUAUUUUUCUUCAAUUGGUUUUAUAUUGCUUAUAUUUCACCAGAAAAUACGUUUGUGGCUUAGACUCUGUACAAAUUUGUAUCUUUGACCAAUUUUAGAAAUAGUUAAAAAAUGUUGAAAGAAUUGUGUGUAUAUAGUGAACUCCAUUUAAUGUAAAAACAGGUUUAAAUAAAAUUUAAAAUUUAAAUCCUGAUAAAACAGGUUUAAUAUAUACAUCUUACUUUUGUAUAAAACUAUUUACAUAUUAGAUCCAAAAUAAUUUUCGCCUUUUGUGUACCCUGCUUCUAUGAAGUCACGAUAGAAAUUUGGGCUAAAUGUGAACCGGGUUAUGUGUUUCAACAGUGACCUGACGCACUUUAACACGUUGACUCCAAUUGCUUCAUCUUGAACUAUUAUUUCAUUUUU